CUAUCAACAGCCGCCACGUCAAACCUACCGCUUCUCGAGUACACCCACACGCACCUCAGUAAAGCACCGCCACACCAUCCCGGCCCUGCAUCCGCGGCGGCGCUUUCUAGCCUCCUCUGCGACCACCACCCCGCAAUUCACAUACAAACCUAACCAAAAAUGGCGGUCACGAUUCACUCGCCCACACUCAGCUCCCAUGUCCCACCAAUGACCCUCUCCAAACUUCGCCCCCUUCACCACCUCUCUCACCACCUCCGCCGCCGCAGCCUCGCCGUAUCCGCCGCCGCCGUCCGCCAGGACACGACUCUCUGGACCCCGACGCCUCUGCUGAAAAUCUCUCCCGCCGCCGAAUCACUCUUCAGCAUCACCAUCGACGUCUCGGAAUCCCCCGAGCUCGCCGCCUCUUACACGAAGGCGGGGCAGUAUUUACAGCUCCGCCUCCCGGAGCCUGAAUCCAAGCCAUCGUUCCUCGCAAUUGCAUCACCGCCAUCGGCCGCCGCGUCUAACGGCGUGUUCGAGUUUUUGGUGAAAUCAGUCGCUGGAUCGACUGCGGAGCUCCUCUGCGGGCUACAGAAAGGUGAUCUCGUGGAGCUGAGUCCGGCCAUGGGCAAAGGAUUCGAUGUCGACCAAAUCUCUCCGCCUGAAUCUUAUCAGACCGUGCUAAUUUUCGCCACCGGAUCGGGAAUUAGCCCCAUACGGUCUUUAAUCGAGGCAGGCUUUGGUGCUGAAAAGAGAUCUGAUGUCAGGCUCUAUUAUGGAGCUAGAGACCUUAACAAGAUGGCAUAUCAGGAGAGGUUUAAAGCCUGGGAAUCUUCGGGAGUCAAUAUUGUACCUGUACUAUCCCAACCCGGUGAUGGUUGGACAGGGCAGAAAGGCUAUGUACAGGAUGCUUUAGCUAGAAAUAAAAAUAUCACCAACCCACAGUCUACCGGCGUGGUUCUCUGUGGCCAAAAGCAGAUGGCUGAGGAGGUGACCUCUAUUGUUGUGGGUGAUGGAGUGUCGAGUGAAAAGAUUUUGAAGAAUUUUUGAUGAGGUGACAUGUAGUAAAUUUUGGUUACUGUGAAAUCACCAUUUAUGUUCAGCAUCAAUGUAUCUGCUGAAACAGUAGUAGGAUAAUAUUAUUUUCUGAUCAAUGUAUCAAAAAUAAAAUCAAUAAUGAUCAGAUUGCAGUAUCCACUUUGGUUUCA